UCCGAAGUAGGCAGAAGAUCUGACUCCAUAUCAUGGGGUAGCUGCCUACCAGCGACUUGCAGCCAUGAUGCUGUCUCCAAGAUCAUGAAGAGCAUAUACCUGGUGAAUCCUAUCACAUCUGUAGACCCUGAGAUAACUGUGGCCUAUUGCGAAGUUGGUGGGGUUAACACUCAAUAUAGUUUGAAGUUUUAUGUGUUUAUAACCACAAUAUUAUCUUUAGUAAUAGCAGCAGUAGCGUCAACAUUAUAUCUGGAAUAUGACAAUACAGAUUCAAGACUUCGAAGAAUAGCUUAUUCCUUCAGCCUCAAAAGAAACUGGUCUUCAUUUAUCAGAAUUACGGAUGACGAGAUACCAGUUCUCAGUUUCACGAAGGCCGUGGUAUUGUCCUUCACGACAGUUGUCCAUGUUUUUGUAUUUAUCGUCGCUGGAUCUAUCAGUAAUGGACAUGAUUAUGACCAACUUCUAACAGUAAAAGACAAUACUUUUGGCAACACAUUCCAACAUUUAGAUUUGCCGGCAGUGGAGAACUUCUUUGUUAUAUCAGGAUUGCUACUAAUGAAAGGAUUGAUGGAGAAGAAGAGAAAUCCUGUUAUAACAUUAAUACAGCGUUAUGUGAGAUUAAUAGGCUCAUUCACCAUAUUAAUAUUCUACACGAUCGCCGCAUCCGAGUAUGUCGGCGACGGCCCUCUUUGGAAGCGACUCGUUGGAAGGGAACAGACAAAGUGCACAAAAACUUGGCCCAUCGCCUUGUUGAUGCUUGGCAAUUACGUGGACAGUGAUAAUAUCUGCCAGCAAGUCUCCUGGUACAUUCCCGCCGACUACCACUUAGCUGUCAUGGGAACCAUCUUAUUCUGCAUCUGGCAGUGGAACAAGAAGAUUGGCAAAAUUGUCACCACCAUCGCUGUAAUAUUCUCUAUCGUAAUAACUGGUAUUACCACUUAUACGAAAAAAUUGCCUGGAAUCCUGCUUUACGAUAUCGAGACCCUCAUACAUGUAAGAUUAAACGUGGUCUAUACGGACACCUAUAUGAAGAGCCAUCACAGAGCUGGUUCCUACUUCCUUGGCAUGGCUAUGGGAUACCUCAUCACUGUGUACCGCCCUAACAAGUAUAGGGGUAUUAUUUCUAAGGAGUGUUCCUACGUAGGCCUUGCAGCAGCCUUCAUGUUAGGCCUGAAGGUACUAGCAGCGGCCCCAUUGUGGUGCCUUGGGGAAUACAACGCCUGGAACUCAGCAGUUUACGCAGCGUUAAACAGAAAUCUAUGGGCUUUAGCCACUUGUAUUUGUAUCGCCAUCACCGAGUAUGGCGAUGUCGAAAUCCUUCGAAAUAUGAUGUCUUGGCCAGGUUACACCAUUCUCAGCCGGUUAGCGUACGGCGUCUAUAUAACACAUUCUCUCCUUCUAGAACGGUUUCUAUUCUCACAACGGAAUCCUAUGCACUACGACAUGUUUAAUCUGAUACUAAACGGUAUAGGAAUACUAGCAACAUCGGCCGUACUAUCGGUAGCAAUGUGGCUGUUUGUGGAGUCUCCUCUCAGCAACUUGGCUAAUCUCGUGCUGAAUCCUGUAAAGAAGCAGACUUCCAAUGGAAUUGAAAACAAAAAGGAAACCAAUGGACAAACGAAGAUUAUAGACUUAAAACAUACAAAGGCAUUGUAAUAUAAAAAGAAUCGUUGGAUCUUGUUACUGAAAUAGACCUAGUUAUUUAUGUGGAUUUUAAUUUAAUAGAUCUUAA